GCGGCUACCAGCGGAGGAGACGUCACUCGGGCAUGGCAUGGCUGGACUCGGCUUUGUUUGCGCGUGGACUCGGCCAAACCAUGAUAAUAUCGGGGGCCAUGCACACGAUGAUUGUCCAAUUGACCCGAGGGAGGUAGAUUCCCUUUCCCACCACCCUUUUCUCUCUCCUCCUCCGGUAGACACAAUGCUCAUGCAACGAUCUUCUCGUGCGUUGCGUCUGCAGUGGCAGCUGGCCCGACGUAUAAGCUUAAGCCAGGCAUCCCCCACAGUCGCUGCGUCGCCGGCUCCAUUCUCCACAAGGCCACUUCACGAACCAAAGCACACCGUCCCAUUGCGACCGAGGAGAUGCUUCCACUCUACGCCAUCGCGCAAUGUCGUCAAGCCGGUGUUGCUAGCUGAUAUCGGCGAAGGAAUCGUCGAAUGCGAGAUCAUACAAUGGUUUGUCGAGCCCGAAGCCCGCGUUGAGGAGUUCUCGCCCUUGUGCGAGGUGCAAAGCGACAAGGCCUCGGUCGAGAUCACCUCGCGAUUCUCGGGCGUCGUCAAGAAGCUCUAUUAUGACGCUGGCGACAUGGCCAAGGUCGGCAAACCCUUCGUGGACAUCGACAUCCUCGGCGACGUCAGCCAGGAGACAUUGGACAAGCUGACGCCUUCUGGCGCCGACGACCAGACGGCGCCGGCUGCGCAGAAGAGCAUCCCGGAGCCGACGUCUCCACAAAAGCCGGCGCCAGCCCCGUCCAACAACGGGGCUGUGGGGCCAGCUCCGGCGAAGCCCAAGGGAAAACAUGCCGCCCUGGCGACGCCCGCCGUCCGGCAUCUCUCUAAAGAGCGAAAUGUGGAUAUACUGGAUGUGGAUGGGACCGGACGGGACGGCCGGGUUCUCAAGGAGGACAUCUACAGGUUCAUCGAGGCACGAGACAACGGCGCCGUGCGGCCUCCCCAGCCCGGCCCCGGCGCAACGGCAGCACCCCAUAUUUCCGCAUCGCCUGGCGUCCAGACAGAGGACCGCCAGCCCCUGACCAAGACACAGGAGCAGAUGUUCAAGACCAUGACCCGGUCGCUGAGCAUCCCGCACUUCCUCUACGCCGACGAGAUCGACUUCACCGACCUGUCGGCCCUGCGCGGCCGGCUGAACAAGGUGCUCUCCUCGUCGCCCUCGUCCCCGGCGCCCAUGAUCCCCAGCAACCAAGGCGUGGCAAAGCUCUCCUACCUCCCCUUCAUCAUCAAGGCCGUGUCAAUGGCGCUGCAGCAGCACCCCAUCCUCAACGCGCGGGUGGACGCGUCGGCGGGCGAGAAGCCGGCCCUGGUCUACAGGUCGCGGCACAACAUCGGCGUGGCCAUGGACACCCCGCAGGGCCUGCUCGUGCCCGUCAUCAAGGACGUCGCGGCGCACAGCAUCCUCACCAUCGCGGCGGAGCUGGUCCGGCUGCAGGGGCUCGCGGCCGCGGGGCGCCUGUCCCCGCAGGACAUGUCCGGGGGCACCAUCACGGUCAGCAACAUCGGCAGCAUCGGCGGGACCUACUGCAGCCCCGUCAUCGUGGACGGGCAGGUGGCCAUUCUGGGCGUCGGGCGCAUGCGUGACGUGCCCGACGUCGCCCCCGGUGCCAGCGGGUCCGGGUGGGAGGUCAAGGGCGUCAAGAAGGUGUGUAACUUCAGCUGGUCCGCGGACCACAGGGUUGUGGACGGGGCCACCAUGGCGAGGGCUGCCGGGGUGGUGAGGAGCCUGGUCGAGGAGCCUGAUGUGAUGGUCAUGCAUCUGCGAUAGUUAUCAUGUGGCGCAGGACAAUGUAAAAGAAUAAAUAACAACAACAACAACAACAAUAAUGCCCCCUUCCUUCCCCCCAAAACGGGGGUGACAAGAGCUUGCCUGGCUUGCCUUGGUUUCGGCACUUUUGCCCGUCCCAACAACACCCCUCGUGUUGCUCAACACUCGCCGCGUUUCCCCACAGACUGUGACCUCGGUGUGCAAGCUGCUCACAAAUGCGGCCCCCCUGGCCCGACCUGCUCCCUCCUCCCCUUGUCAUCAGGUCGGGUUCCGUACCCCUAGUAACGUAGCCUGAGCAGCCCUCGCGCGACUAUGCCCCGAGGGCGCCGAAGAACCCAGGCCACGCCGAUGCAAUGUCCUAUACCAAAGCACGGGGUAGUAUAUUAUGUCACUCUGGUGGGAAGGUGGUUGUCAGGCUCAGCCGCAGCAUAACAUCUUCUGCUUUUGCUCCAUUUCUCCGGUGUCAUAAAUGACGAGUCAAGGAAAACGAAAGCGAAGAGGAAGACCGAGAGAACGAGGCGGGCCGUCCCCCGUACUAAAAAUAAAGAGUUUAUUUCUUAUUUCCUCCCACCCUUGCCACUUCAGCCUAUUCUCGAGGGGGCCGUCUGGCCAGCUGGGAACAAAUGAAUCGACACACCGGUCGGCGGGCGUGAGGGUGUGCAGGAGGUGCACCUUAGUGGUGUCACGUUCCUUGGGCAACUUGGCAUUGGGUGGCUUCAAGGUAAGAGGGAACAUAUACAGUAGGUACAAGGGGCCUGGACAGGACGACGGCCCAGUCGAGCGGAUUACCGCGCGCCGGUGCUACACGUGGUCGAAUGAUCUUCGAGACCGGCGGGACAGGAGACAAGCCCGUAUGACUGCAUCUCACCUGCUCCAAGGCCCUCUUUACUGUUGGCCUUGGGCGCUGAGGCGGAAGAGGAGGGGGUGUUGAUGGUGUUGAUGGUGGUGCUGGCGGUGCUGGCGGUGUCUGUGAGGUAUUUCUGAUGUCAACGCGAGUAUUUGGGCAGUACUCGGCCGACGCUUGGGCUGCCCAGCCCCGGGGCUGCUGGCUCACACAGAGAGGGAGGGCGGCGUGACGCAGGUAGGCAGCUAGCAGGACCCAACUCCUUCGAAUAUCGACCAGGCUGCCUUAUUGGCUCCCUCCCCUGUUGUUGAUCCUCAAUUAUUGCUCGAGUGGGGAAGGGAGGGGAGGGAUUCUCCAGCAUUACUUGCAUCUCUUAUAUGGGCUGCGUUAAUACCUGAAAACCUUGGAAGUCGUAUUGAGCGGUCCUCACC